AUGACAUCUGUCUUAAAAACAGCCAAUAUUGAGCUCUUGUUGAAAGAGUUGGUUCGUGGUGCGAUGGCAAGUGCCUUUCCUCAACUCUCAGCUGCUUUGCCUGAACCACUUAUCACCUCAGGGAAAGUGGCCGAUUAUCAAUGCAACAAUGCCAUGGGUCUCUCAAAGCUACUCGUUCAGACCAAUCCACCUGUUAAAAUGACCCCACAAGCACUUGGUGAAGAACUAAAAAAACAUCUGCAGGAGAACAAUCUUAUCGAGAAGUUUGAACCAACACCCAAAGGAUUUAUUAACAUUACUAUUCGCAACGACUGGCUAGUGAACAGGGCCCAUGAAGUGCUUAUUAGUGGGAUCAUCCCUCCAGAGGUUCCCCCUCAAAGAGUGUUGGUGGACUUUUCUUCACCUAAUGUAGCGAAGGAAAUGCAUGUUGGUCACUUACGAUCGACCAUUAUUGGCGAGUGUUUGUCCCGUCUCUUUGAAUUCUGUAAUUUUGACGUUCUCCGAAUCAACCAUGUUGGCGAUUGGGGAACGGCUUUUGGCAUGCUUAUUUUAUACCUCAAGCGCAACUAUCCCAAUUACAUCACAAACCCACCUGAUAUAUCAAACCUUACGGAUCUUUACCGUGCCUCAAAGGUAUGCUUUGAUGAAGACCAGGAUUUUAAGGAACAGGCUCGUUUGGAGGUGGUAAAGCUUCAGGCCCACGAAGAGAAUUCCCUAAAAGCCUGGAAGUUGAUUUGUGAUGUCUCUCGCAAUGAGUUCAACAAAGUCUACUCACGCCUCGGUGUGCGAAUUGAGGAACGUGGCGAAAGCUUCUAUAAUGACUUGAUUCCAGUGGUGCUAAAGAUGCUUGAGGAGGCUGAUCUUAUUGAGAAAAACGAUGGUGCCAAAGUUAUCAUUGGUAAGGUCAAAAAGAACUUGAACGAGUUGGACUCUAAAGAUAUGACAAAGCUAUCUGCUCAGCACCUUGCACAAAUGAGUAAAAGUGGGCAAAAAUACUACCACCCAAACUUAUUCCUGGCGAUGAAAAAAUGUGGGAUUUUCAGUGGGGAACCAGGGCAUGAGGUUGUGGUACUCUCCAAGAAAGAACAGAAACCGUGGAGUACGUUCGACAUUCGCAAAGAUUUGGAUAAGUUGAUGAAUAAACUUGAACCUCUAUACAAGGGAAAUUUAGAUCCCCUCUUUCGCGAAGUCUUUCAGGAGAAGGGCCUCAUUGAAGGUGACUCCAUCAUCGUGCCGCGCUUUUCCUUUCCUAUUAUGGCGAUGAAAAGCGAUGGCGGCUAUACCUACGAUACGACCGACUUGGCUUGCAUAUAUCAUCGUUUAAUGGUCGAUAAAUGUAAUCGUGUCAUUUACUGUACUGACGUCGGACAAUACGAGCACUUUGUUAUGAUAACACAGGUCGCUAAAGAUAUGCAUUGGAUGGAUAAUUCUACCUGGGACCACGCCGGGUUCGGCCUCGUCACCGGUGAGGAUGGAAAGAAAAUAAAAACACGCUCUGGCGAGACGGCGAAACUCAAGGAUUUGUUAGAUGAGGCCGUCGCUCGUUCUCAUUUAAUUCUAAAACAGCGCGAAAUGACUGACCGUGCUCAGGGACACUCCGAGGAGGAUACGGAACGGCUUUCCAAUAUUAUUGGGAUUGGGGCUGUCAAGUACUUUGAUCUGAAGCAAACCAGGGUGAACGACUACGCAUUUAACUUUGAGAAGAUGCUAGAUAUGUCUGGUAAUACUGCGGUCUAUUUGCUUUAUCAGUAUGCUCGUAUUUGCUCUAUAAAACGUAAGUCGAACGUCGAUGUUGAGAAGCUGAAGCAAACAGCGAAGAUCUCGAUAACCCAUCGCAGUGAAAGGCAAUUAUUACUUCAAAAUUUCCGUUUUCAAUCAACCAUUUUGAAGACACUUGAGGAUCUGUUUCCACAUCAUCUUACAGAUUUUGCGGCUGAACUAAUGUCCUGUUUCUCGGAUUUUUUUACAAAUUGUCGCGUUAUUAACGACACAUUGCAAGAAAGUCGCUUGUGUCUAGUCGAACUUACAUGUUUAACCCUUAAGAAAAUGUUGGACAUUCUAAAUAUUGAGGUAACGGAAAAAAUUUGA